GAGUUGUGUGAGAACCUGUGACGGAGACAUCGGCGGCGCUUUCCCGAGAGGCGAUCGCUACAAAAUAGAGUCAACAUGCAACAUACGGAGAAGCUGCUGUGUAUACUGCUAGGCUCGCUGGUCGUGCAGUUUACGACGUCCUCCGGCUAUGGGUCGCAGGGUGGUUACGGAAGAUUGCCCGGUGGCGAGAGUGGAGCUAUUGGUCCGUACUCCAGAAGUGGUGGCGGCUACAGAGGACAUGGAGGCUACGGAGGAAAUGGCGGCUACGGAGGAAAUGGAAAUAAUGGGAUAGGAGUACAUGGCAGCUUCGGAGGAAAUGGAAAUAAUGGGAUAGGAGUACAUGGCAGCUUCGGAGGAAAUAGAAAUAAUGGGAUAGGAGUACAUGGCAGCUUCGGAGGAAAUGGCGGCUACGGCAGAGAUGGUGGCUACGGAAGAGAUGGCGGCUACGGAAGAGAUAACUACCGAGACAACCGGCACGGAUACGACACUUACAGGCGGGAGAAGGUGCGUUUGAAGAAGCCAUCCUACGGACUCGACUACUACACAUUCUACACCAGGGAAGGAGCGGCCCGUGUGCUCUACAAUGGCUUAAACGCCCUGGAGAAUACCGUCGACGCAACGACCGACAAGCUCAAGUCCGGAUUCCGCCACGGCUGGAACAAGUACGACUACUUUAAAAAUAAUUUAAAAAAAAAACUGAACAAGAGCCAGCGCCGUCACUAUGAUGACGACUAUAUGUAUGACGACUAUAAGCACUAGUGCGAAAGAACUCGACUAAUGACGAUGUGGAAAUGAUAGAUGAGUGUGCAUCCCCGAGGUAGCACUAACUAGGGCGGUCGUUCUACGAGCACUGCUGGGAGCGUGUGUCUCCCAACAUUACGGCCAAGUGUGAAUGUGUGUGUGUGUGUGUGUGUGUGUCUGUGGAUGUGUGUAUGUAUGUAUGUAUAGCUAUAUGUACGACUAUGUACUCUCGAACGCUUCGAGAGAAAUAUCAGGGACGGUUGUAUAAAUACUGAGCGGCCUCAACUAUCAGGGCGGACUGACAUUAUUUUACUUACUUAAAACAUUUCGAGAACUAACCCCGAUAACUACGAAGGUUUGCAUAAUUUUACAGUAGCUACUGUGAUACGUACGCAUCAGCCACAAUCAUGCGAUGUGGUAACUGGAGUGGGCUCUAUAUAAAGGUAAAAUAAAUGCAGAGAUCAGAUA